AUGGGACCAUUCCGAGGAUUGGUACGUAACAUCCCAUAAAAUGAAGACGAAACUCUCUACCGGAGAAAGGAUGGUUGAAGUUGUGCGAAAUGACGAAGAUUACGAAUAUAUGAGCGGUCAUGUGAUUGACGGAAGACAGUUAUUGCCGGCUACUGGAUAUCUAAUGCUGGUUUGGGAAACAAUGGGUAUGCUGAAAAGUCUAUCCUAUACAGAUAUGCCGAUUGUAUUUGAGAAUGUCAAGUUCAUUCGAGCAACGCACUUUCCGAAACAAGGACCUGUGUAUCUAACAAUAAUGAUGCAGACAGCAACUGGAAAGUUUGAAGUCAUCGAAGGAGAUAAUGCCGUUGUCACUGGCACUGUGCGUGAACCAAUAGAUAUUACCGAAGAAAAGUUACCGAGACAUCUGUUAAAUAAAGAGAACGACAAUGAGGAGGAAAUAAUGAAGACAAAAGAUAUCUACAAGGAACUCAGAUUACGCGGAUAUCAAUACACCGGCAUAUUUCGGGGUUUAAAAAGUUCGUCGACUACGGGAAAGCAAGGGCAUAUAGGUUGGAUGUACAACUGGGUAACAUUUAUGGAUAAUAUGCUGCAAAUGAAAAUCCUCGGGAUGGACACGAGGAGUCUUCACGUUCCCACAGGAAUACAAAAAUUGGUAAUCGAUACGAAAUUUCACAUACAGCAAAUACGGGACGCAGCAGCUAAUGAUUAUCAGCUUCCUGUGCGUGUGUACAAAACCUUCGACGCGGUAGUAUCCGGCGGUGUUGAAAUUCGCGGAAUCAAAGCUACUUCCAUAUUUCGUCGAAAGCCAGCGGGGGAGCCCGUUCUCGAAGAGUACAGAUUCAUAGCUCAUCGCGACGGAGCCGAGGUUUCUUUGCAGGAAGCCGUGAUGCUGUCGACGCAUCUCGCUCUGGAGUAUCAUCAAGUGAUAAAAGUGAAUAUUAUCGAAUUGAUCGAAGAUGAUGACAAAGUAGAAACAGAUGAAAUAGCAUCCCCACUGUUUAUCGAUAUCUUGGGUGAUCUACCGUUGCUUCAACCAAACAUUACUCUGGUGACAAGAACCGAUCGCUUCGACUGCGUUAUUCUUCCUUCGAAAAUCACAGUCUCGCAAUCAAAGAAGUUGUCGAGUGACGAUAAUACGAUAUUAAUCACAGGAUACAAUUUGUUCACGAAGAACAAGAGCAAAACCUUAAAAGAAAUUUUGCCGGCAUUACAAAACAAUGGAUUCUUAUUGACACGAGAACAGUCCUUCACGAAAGACGAUAUUGCGACUGCCGAAAAUUACAAUUUAACAGUAGUACUUGAGAAACGCACGCAAAAAGAGCACAUUAUACUGUUAAAGAAAAGAGAACAGUCGACAAGGAAAACUCAA